CACACACAUAUACAUAUAUAUAUAUAUACAUCAUUUGUAUCUAAACAAACAGUAAGGGAUCUACUACAAACACUUCGAAACAAUCGAUCUUAACAGGAGGUUUGUUUUUUGUGUGGUUUGGAAGAUGAAGACUCUCCUCAAGUUGGAUAAGUGAGAGAAUUUUGAUUUAGAAAAAUCAAAUAUUCAUUUGGGGAGAGAAUAGCGUUGUAUAAUUGAGCUCUGGGAACUUAUAACAAACUUGUGAAGUAAGCUGCUGGCGAAAUGAUAAACAAGUCACUUUUUUUGACUUACCUGUACCUGUUCAUCUACAUUUUGCUGUCAUCUGGAGUUAUUCUCUACAACAAAUGGGUUCUCUCUCCAAAGUACUUCAAUUUUCCCUUCCCCAUCACACUUACUAUGAUACACAUGGGCUUUUCUGGAGCAGUCGCGUUCUUUCUUGUCCGUGUUUUCAAGGUUGUUGCUCCUGUUAAAAUGACAUUUGAAAUAUAUGCAACAUGUGUAAUUCCAAUCAGUGCCUUCUUUGCAUCAAGUCUCUGGUUUGGCAACACGGCUUACUUACAUAUAUCUGUGGCCUUCAUUCAGAUGCUUAAAGCCCUGAUGCCAGUGGCAACACUUUUCAUGGCUGUUUUGUGUGGGACGGACAAGCUUAGGUGGGAUGUGUUCUUGAACAUGCUGCUGGUCAGCUUUGGAGUUGUGAUAUCCUCUUAUGGGGAAAUCCAUUUUAAUGUAGUUGGCACACUUUACCAAUGCACAGGGAUUCUUGCAGAAGCUUUGAGACUAGUGUUAACCCAAGUCCUCUUGCAAAAGAAGGGUUUAACUCUAAACCCAAUAACAAGUUUAUAUUACAUCGCUCCAUGCAGUUUUGCGUUCCUGUUUGUGCCUUGGUAUUUUUUGGAGAAGACUGGCAUGGACGUUUCACAGAUUCAGUUCAAUUUCUGGAUAUUCUUUUCCAACGCCCUAUGCGCUUUAGCACUGAACUUCUCAAUUUUCCUAGUCAUUGGUAGAACUGGAGCUGUUACCAUACGAGUUGCUGGUGUCCUCAAGGAUUGGAUACUUAUAGCUCUUUCAACUGUAAUAUUUCCAGAGUCUGCCAUUACUGGGCUCAAUAUUAUUGGAUAUGCCAUUGCACUUUGUGGUGUAGUCAUGUACAAUUACAUAAAGGUCAAGGAUGUUAAAGCAUCCCAACUUCCCACUGAUAGCCCAGAACGAAUGAAUAAGGAUUGGAGGAUUGAGAAGAAGUCAUCUAAUAUCUUUGCUCCUGACAACAUUGAUGAUGAUACAAGUAGUGGGAAGGUUAGUUCCAUGUCAGAUAUGAGCGUAGACGAAGAAAUUCCUCUAAUGGCAUCUUCAAGGCUUUCACAUAUUGGGCGUUCACAGCUUAGCAGCCGGGAGGCAUAAUUCAUUAUACACCAAAUAGAUAUAUAGUAUUCGAUACAUGUAGGGUUGUUCAUGUGGCUUAGCAUUAAAAUUUGUGGAAGAGAAGAAUUGCUUUAUUCCACUGCUUUUUCUUAUGGAAAGUAAACGGUCUCUUCUUGAAACCAAAGGUAUGGUAAUCAGAUGUUGUAGCACUGUAGAAGUUUAUUGUAGCAUGCAAGUUUAUCUUGUUCUGGAGGUUGGGCACAUGUAUUGUUGUCGUUGUGUAGUGGCCGGUUAUUGUUUGAAUUUUGAGACCAACUGAAAUAGACUUAAAUGAAAAUUAAACUAUUCAUUUUGUUGUUUAA